AUGGGUCGAGAAGUAUUCCGCACUUCGCAUAGAGCGUUCUGGCUUCAUGCGCCGGUUUUGCGGAUGGAUAUACGUCGUGUCGAGGCUGGAAACGCCUCCGAGUUAACAUUCAACGAUGCACGUACAAACGUGCCCAGCAACAACCAAGUUUCACGCGACAAUUUUGUUCUACUACCUACAACAAACCGAAACGAUACGCGAGAAGAUGAACAAGACAACAAAAACGCGUACAAGAAGAGUCGACAUGUAUAUCUAACGCGAGAACGCCACCGGAAGGGCGCGGGAGUGCAGUCAACGAGAGGAUAG